AUGGUGGCACACAUGGUGGCUGUGGCACGUGCCAAGACCGUGAAAGCUGCUGGAGACACUUUGGGGACCCGGCAGCCAUCCGGGGUUCUGCAAGGCUGCUACACCCUGCGUGGGGCCCCCUGCCUGCAGUUUGCUCGUGACCUGCCCAGCAGAGGAGGUCCGAGGAGAGAGAAGGUGGAGACCCGUGCAGCCACAGAACCCGGCCAUCCCGCACUUUCACACGUCAGCAGCUCCCAAGCCUGGCGCCGGCGCUGGUUCGUGCUCCGGCGGGGCCGCAUGAGCGGCAGCCCGGACGUGCUGGAAUACUAUCGCAGCAAGCGCGCGAACAAGCCCAUCCGCGCCAUCGACCUGAGCGAGUGCGCCGUCUGGAGGCACGUGGGCCCUGGCUUCCUGCGCAAGGAGUUUCAGAAUAAUUUUGUGUUCAUCGUCAAAACGACUUCGCGUACCUUUUAUCUGGUGGCCAAGACUGAGGUGGAGAUGCUGGUGUGGGUGUACAGCAUCAGUCAGGUCUGCAAUCUGGGCCAGCUGGAGGAGGGUGCAGAUCCGGCUGAGAGCUGCUCUCGUGGGCCCCCCGCCCUCCAGCCCCCGCCCUGCAGCUGCCUUCCCAGCGGCCGCGCCUCCAGCGCCUCCAGGCCGAGAGGUGACCUAAGCACAGGUUUCGUGGCGGCUGAGGACAGCAGAAGCGAGUCAGAGUUUCUGCCCCUUCCGGACUAUCUGAUUCUGUCCAACUGUGAGACUGGACGACCGCGACAGGCCAGUCUGCCCAGCAGGUAUGACAGCUGCUCGACCUCGGAGCGCUCGCUGGAGCAGGCGUCAUCCGACGACGUCUUUGUCGACUGCCCGCCACCCACGGUCCCCACUGGCUCGGGCCGCCUUUUGCGCCACGGGAGCGGCUCCCAGAAGGUGCCUUCCCUGCGGCCGCAGGCCACCCUGACGCGGAGCAGAGACAGCACUGGGCUGGCCAGGGAUUGCUGCUCUUCACCGCUGCCAGAAACGCCCUUAAAUGCCACCAUUCAGGUCGACAAGAACCAAGGUCGCCUGCCCUACGAGGCCGCAGAACGCGACCUGGCAUCCUGCACGCCGCCGCCGCGCCCCCCGAAGCCGAGCCACCUCUCCGAGCGGCGCCAGGAGCAGCCGCUGGCCGGCAGUGUGCGCCCCGUCGGGAGGCCAGAAAGUGCUGCGGCGCCGAGAAGGGUCUCUCUCUCCGGCUUAGAUAACGUGAGCACCUGGAAAGCUGACGUAGAAGGCCAGUCGUUAAGGCACCGAGACAAGCGGCUUAGUUUAAAUUUGCCGUGCGGCUUCUCCCCCGUGUACCCCAUGGCUCCAGCUGGGGCCGAGGACGGCUACGUGCCUAUGGGCCCCCAGGCGGCCGGCUCCAGUCUCCGAACCCCCUGCGGCCACGACGACUACAUCCCAAUGAGCCCAGGAAGCCUCUCGAGCCCACUGCCCGAGCUGCCGGCAGACCUGGAGCCUCCCCCAGUGAACAGAGAUCUCAAGCCUCAGAGGAAACCACGGCCUCCUCCCCUGGACCUGAGAAACCUCUCCACCAUCCGGGAACACGCGUGUGUAACCAGGACCUGCACCGUCCCUUGCAAUCGAACCAGAUUUCUCUCUCCAGAAAGAAACGGUAUUAAUUCUGCAAGAUUUUUUGCCAAUUCCGUUUCCAGAGAAGAGGAAGAAAGCUACAUCCACAUGAAUCACAGAGCGGCGCACUCGCUGAGCGGCGGCACCCCGACGUGGGCGAGGAAAUCCAGCCUGGAUUACCUGGCUCUGGACUUCAACUCGGCGUCGCCGGCGCCCGCGCAGCAGAAGCUUCUCGUCUCGGAAGAGCACAGGGUCGACUACGUGCAGGUGGACGAGCGGAAGACCCAGGCCCUCCGGAGCACAAGGCAGGAGUGGACGGACGAGCGGCAGUCCAAAGCGUGAGGCGCAGGCCGGGCCGCAAGGGGGCGGGCAAGCUCGGCGCAGGCGCGGGGCUGCUUUGCCAGAAUCGCAGCGAUGGGCGAAGCCAGUCAAGAGCCAGAGAGAAGCUGUGAUUGCCGUGACCUUGCCAAGAAGCUUUGGGAGAGAGGAUGGAUUUGUACCCACUAAAGGGGAACAAGGGGGUCGUCUCCCAGCUGAUCCCGGCAGUGGCCUUCCCCAGCCACGCUGGCCCUCGGCCUCUGGGAUGCUCGCAGUUGGCUCCACUGAUGAAAGAGGCAGCCAUGGAAGAUUCCAGAGCCGUGAACUAUAAUGCAGAAAACUCCAUUCAGGCAGGGCAGGAACAAUCAAAAACAAGGCUUCGGAGUGUAUUUUCUGCAAACUUUGGUUCAGAAUCUCUUUGGCGGAACACUUGGAGGGCAGAUCAGAGCCAUUACUGACACCAGACAGGAUGACUUAACCCUCAGGUUUGAAAACUCUGACCCCUCUUCUGUGCUUCCUGUCCAGCCCCUGAAGACCUGGUUAGGAGGAUGAAACCCAGAGGUGGUGGCAGCAUCUAACCCUCACACAUAAAUCAUUCCUGACCCCAAGAAAGGCAAUUCGAAUGAUGGGGGCAGUCAGCCCCGGGCCCCAGGGGGAGCACAUCAGACGCCACUGGCUGGCUGGCUCGGCCAUGGCUGCUGCUCUUUCUGGGCACGUCUUCACACGUAUCAUCUCACCUCUUUCCUAAAACACCUCAGAAACCAGGUUUGGCAGAGACUGUUGCCCCCACUGCAAAGGCAAGAGAACAGAACCAGAAGAAGGAACUCUAACUCGGUCCCUCACGGAGCGAGGCAUACAACAGAGUUGGCCAGGCCGCACGUCGUAGGCUCACACCACUGCCUCUGAGAACUGUGAUGAAGCCUACGCAUUCGGUCACCCUCGGGGACUGAGGAACACGUGCAGACACAAGAUGAGACAUCAUCGCUUCUCCCUUUCCUGUGACUUUGAGCAGAUGCUUUCUGACGUGAACGGCAUGCGUGUCCAGGCCAGUUUUCUCUGUGUGGUGUUCAGAUGGGAAGCUCCUGUUCGAAAUACCUCUUUGACAUUCACUGUGAAAUCCGUUCUUCAAUCACGUGGCACCCUUGCACUGUGUUUCCCGUGAGCUGGCGAAUGCUGACACAAUUUUUUGUCCCCUCGGGAAGGCAUGAAUCAUCCCUGGCUGUCCUGUGCCAGACUCAAGCUUUUGAGCAAUAGGUAGUUAUGACCAGAAAACAAACACAGCACAACACAGCAGAAGACAAUGAGUUCCAUUCUCAAAUUUCCCGAUGAAUUUUCCCUUCUGUUUUAGUGAUGACUCAGUCCGGAAACCAAACGGUCCCAGUUUGUCGUGAGGGCAUCACGUCACCCUUUCCUUGGUGGGGUGCUGGGGCCCAGGGGACCCCGAUGAAAGUCUCAGUCAGGCACGGCCCUUGACUCUUCUGAGCACCUGCCGCCGGAAGACAAAUUGAGCAACCGGGAAUUAAGCAGAUCCGGGGCCACCCUUCUUCCUGGCGUGGUGUGUCGUGGGACCAUGGACUGGCUAAGCAGGCAGGUAGAUGAUAGUCAGGGCCGGUCGGAGCUUAUAGGCUUUGCUGUAGGGGUUUGGGGUUUUUUACUUUUACUUUUUUACUUUACUUCCCAAAAGUAAGUAAAUGCCAGUCUGGGUCUUUCAGACUGUUCGAGUACUUGACAUUCAAAGCAGCAGGACCUGGUCACCUCAUUUCCUUCCUGGAGGAAAGUGGGGAGAAAUUCUUGGCCAGUUUAAAUGAUAUAAGGGCCCCUUAAUGAACCUGGACAGAGAAGUGAGAGGGCCCUUAUUCCCCGCAGCCACUACCGCGUCCCAACGCACAGGCCAGAGCCGGGAAGCUCCUGUGUGACUUGCAGAGAGUUACAGGGCCUCGGACCGGAAGGCAGGGCUGUUGGUUCUCCUCGAUGGUACCUGCCUUGUGCGGUCGCCCAGGUUCAGAGUCUCGGUUUCCCGACCGAAGCCAGGACAAACUCUACGCCCGGGUGCCAGGAAUCGCCUAGACUGGAGAUCAGAGAAGAGAACAGCUGCACCAGGUCCACCGUGAAACAGCACCCGACCGAGUGCCGCGCAGAGCUCCUGCCUGCAGUGUCCCCUGGAAGCCGUGGCUACACGGAGCAGUACACGCUCGGGUAGCGUGACCUGUUCGGGAGCUAUUCGUUUGGGGUUCCUGAAGAAGAUGACUUCACCCUCCUUUCCAGGGCACGCAAGACCGCGCCACACUUCAACAAGGCUGCUGCUGCAUGGUACCCCGAAAGCGUGCGGACUCGGGGCCACGCAGGGCUGACAGCAGUGGCCGCUCCCGGGAGAGGCACCGGAGGUCACAGCGAUGCCGCCAGAUCCGGCCUUCCUGCGGAGGGGAUGCAUGUGCCGUGGGGCUCUGAAUCUGACCAGGGCGAGGUCUGGGGCUUUUUAAAAAAUGGCAAUGGUCUUGGACGACAUUCCGAGUCCAGGCGACAUGCGUGUGAGUCAGGUGCCGGGACGCCAUCCCGGAAGCCAGCAGGACAUUGUGGCCCUUGAUCCCACAUUGUUUUCUUCAUCGUUCCUUUCUGCUUUAUUUUCUUCCAUCUCAUUGCGUUAGGAAGCUCCUCCAGGUCGGGGGUCGUGUAGGGCAGGACAUCAGGCCUGCAAGUCCCUAAGGCCACAAGGUCAGGCACCUCGGGGUCUAGCUUUCCAUGGGGCAGGCGGGGCUCCAAGGCCCAGGGCCAUCCUGGAAGGUCCCAGUCCCUCCUCGGUCCCUCUUCGCCGGAGCCAGGAGAGGCAGGACUGUGGCUUCGGAUCGGGGCAAGACAGAAGGCUCCUGUCAGGCCUUCCUGGUCUCUGUUAAUACCAUCCUUGUACCCAUAAUCAUGCCGAUGUGUAAAGAUUCCUUGUUUUUUAAUGUUUCAUUUCUAGCAUUAAUAAAAGUCACAUAGGGGGGAAUCAUA